AUCUCAACAGAAAAUACGGAUAAAAUUACUCUAAAAUGAAUGAAAAUUUUACGUUUUUUUGGAAAUCCGAAUAUUCCAAACUGCCUAUAAAUUCAAAGCAUCGAGAACAGAAACGACCCCUCUUCAUCUCCAUCUUCUUCCUCACUUUCCUCAAAACAGAGAGCAAUGGAUUCAAAUUCAAAGAAAUCCAACAAAAUCAGAGACAUCGUACGGCUUCAACAGAUCCUGAAGAAAUGGCGGAAGCUAGCAAACACAUCGAAGACAGCCAACAAACUGUCCGGCACGGCGGCGGGACCUGCGGGAAAGAGCAUAAAGUUUCUAAAACGGACGUUAUCGUCGGCCGGCGGGGAAAGCUGCGGCGGGGGUGCGGUGCCGAAAGGUUAUUUGGCGGUGAGCGUAGGGGAAGAACAAAAGCGAUUUGUCAUACCGACGCAGUAUUUAGGGCAUCCGGCGUUUGAGAUUCUGCUGAGAGAGGCGGAGGAGGAAUUUGGGUUUCAACAAACGGGGGUUUUGAGGCUGCCGUGUGAAGUAACGGUGUUUGAAAAUGUGGUGAAAUUGGUUGAAGAAAAGAAGAAAGGGGAUUUGUUGUUGGGAGGAGAAGAGGUCUUGAGUUUUUGUUCAUUGGAAACGCUGCAGUUGACGCCGUCAUCGCACCGUCCACAGAGUCCAAUGUGCAGAUAAAAGAACAACGGAGUUUUUAGGAUUAAAAAAGAAAAAAAGAAAGCUCUUUCUUUUUCUCUCCUUUGAUUCCUCCUUUACUAUUAUUUUUUUUGGAUGAGGUAGAUCAAAUGUAUGAAGAA